CCUUGGCCCAUGCAAUUCUGGGGAACCCACCUCUGCAGCUUCCUGGGGGGCUUUGUGAUGGGGAAGCCAGUUUUGAAAUAAUCAUGAGUGUACAGCAUCUGAGAUGAACAGGGGUGAUGUGGAAGAGAGUUAAUGUUUGGGAAACAGAAUUGGCAGGCAGAGGUGAAAGCAGGAAGGGACAUUGUGGUGACCUCCUUGGUGAUGUAAGGCCCUUCCUCAGGGAAAACUCUGUUGGUAUUCUCUUGUUCUCAGGUUUGUGACCAAGUCCUGAGCUGGUGCCAUUCCUACCCUGUGACCUCCAGUUGGAUUCAACCACCAGGUCUCAGCAAACAUGACCCUUGCUGCCUACAAAGAGAAGAUGAAGGAGCUGCCGCUGGUGUCCUUGUUCUGCUCCUGCUUCCUGGCUGACCCCAUGAGCAAAUCAUCCUACAAGUAUGAAGGCUGGUGUGGGAGACAGUGUAGGAGGAAAGGUCAAAGCCAGCGGAAAGACAGUGCUGACUGGAGAGAAAGAAGAGAAGAGGCAGACACAGUGGACCUGAACUGGUGUGUCAUUUCCGACAUGGAAGUCAUCGAGCUGAACAAGUGCACUUCAGGCCAGUCCUUCGAGGUCAUCCUGAAGCCACCCUCCUUUGAUGGGGUUCCCGAGUUCAAUGCUUCCCUACCUCGGAGACGAGACCCAUCCCUGGAAGAGAUCCAGAAGAAACUAGAAGCAGCUGAGGAGCGAAGGAAGUACCAAGAAGCCGAGCUCCUAAAACAUCUAGCAGAGAAAAGAGAACAUGAGCGGGAGGUGAUCCAAAAAGCCAUUGAAGAAAACAAUAACUUCAUCAAGAUGGCUAAGGAAAAACUGGCCCAGAAGAUGGAAUCCAACAAGGAGAAUCGAGAGGCACACCUUGCUGCCAUGUUGGAACGGCUGCAAGAGAAGGACAAGCAUGCCGAGGAGGUGCGGAAAAAUAAGGAGCUUAAGGAAGAGGCCUCCAGGUAAAGCCCAGAGGCCAAAGACGUUUCCAGGACAGCCGGACAGCUACAGCAGCUCCUGAGGCAGCCUCUCCCGCAGGCUGCUCUCCCAGCACUGGGGUUUGGGGGGAGGGGGGUGGCCAAGGGGCGUUUCCACUGCUUUUGGUGUUUGUACAUGUGAAGAAUUGACCAGUGAAGCCAUCCUAUUUGUUUCUGGGGGAACAAUGAUUGGGUGGGAGAUGGGAGAGAAGGAGAGAAUUUGGGAAAUGGAGGUGGAGAAGAACUCAAGGACAUUGCUACGCUGCUCACUGCAGACUCCGGCCAAAUCCUCCAUUUUCAUAUCUCUGCCUGGACACUGAGCACUCAGGCACCACAUCGAAGAAAGAUAAGAACCAAGGCAGAGGUUCAGAGUGAAGGGCAGAAUUCUGAGUGAGGGUGGCGGUAGUGGCAGGGCCCACAGGAGAAGCCUGGCACGAGUGGGUGUGGGAUCCGGAGGUGUGGUUUCCGCCUUGCAGCAGGUGGAAUGAUGUUUGAGUGUAUGUAUGUGUUAACCAUCAUUUUUGAUCAUGACCAAUGAACCAUU